AUGCUCCUCAAUACGCCAUUGCGGCCAUCGAGUCCGCGCCCUUGCAAAUGCAUUUCCUCUCACUAUUCUCUUCUAUUCUAUUAUCUUGUCGUCCUGGUUGCUUCAGGACUGAUCGCAGCAUCACCCGUCGUUGAAGAGAACCGAAGAGGUGACUCGCUCUCUUCAAACGAACCUACUUCUGCCGAGAGAAGACAGCUGUUCGGUGUUCCGUGGGGUGCCUUCGGUCUUCAAGUCAGCCGGGACGGUCCCGAUCCCAAGAAUUCUGGCCUCAUCGUGGACAACUCUGAGCCACAGCUUCCUCACAAGAUCGAUCUCACUAUCUCCAAUGAAAUGCCCGUACCUGGUAACACCAACAAUGGCCCUGGUGUCAUGCCAGCACUAGGCGACAUCUCCAGCAACCAUGCUUCACAAUUCGACGGUUCUCUACCUCUGCCAGUGCCAAGCAUGCUGGACCACGACGAUGUCCCUUCAGUUCCAGAAACCUUUGGUGACGAGAGUACAACCAAUGGUCAGCGCCCGGGGGGUGUUGGUGAUGCGCAAGGCGCAGGAGGAAUGAACCAGCCGCCAACAACUCCCGUCAUAGACUCGCCCUCCACUGCAACCAACCUGCCGGCCAGCAAUGCAGCGGGUGCCGGUGUCAAUAAUGACGCUCCUACGCGCAUGGAGUUCCCCAAUAACGGUGCUUCACCUCUCAACAUCGUGCCCACCCCGCCAUCGACCGAUGGCGAGAGCAGCAGCAACCAGAACCGCGUCUGCCUGCUGAUCAGCCUCAACAGCAAGGACAGGGCCAGCCGGCGGGCCAACCUCAGCAAGCCGGAGCUCAGCAGGCUGGCGACCAACAGCAAGAUGGGCAGCAAGAUCAGGGUGCAACGCUACACCCAGCAACAGGCAGUCAGCCAGGCGGAAAUACUCAGCAGUCGGGUCAAACCUCACAGUCCGGCGAUGGAUCUACUCAGCAGCCUGGUACAAGCCCUGGCACGACGCAGCAGAACAGUCAAGGUGCACAGCCCGGACAACAGCCACAAGCCAAUAGUGGUUCCAGCAAUAACGGGUUGUCCUCAGAUGAACAAGCCCCGCGGCCCGGGUAUAGACCCCAGCCCGGCGACGGCCCGCAGCCUGGCGAGGGGCCACAGCCUGGCGACGGGCCCCAACCUGGCGACGGGCCCCAACCUGACUAUGUGUCCCAACCUGCUCAAGGACUGCAGCCACGACCAGCCCCUGUCAUUUCAGGCUCUGGGCAGCCCAAACCACAGAAUCUAG